AUGGCCACUCCAAGCGACGAACCUUAUGGACAGAUCUUCACCCCAUCAACUGUAUCCUUGCCCUCCUUUUCCGCCAAAGACGUCUCCGCACUCGCUGCAUCCGGCGUGCGGUUCGUGCGCUUGACAUGGGUCGAUCUCACCAAUAUGGUACGCUGCCGCAUGAUACCCAUCGGUGCAUUCCAGGCGUUACUCGCUUCCCGCCGUCCAGGUGUUGGCAUCACAAUGGCAUCAAUGGGUCUCAUCGGGGCCGGUUGCGCACCGGGUUUCAAUGGCACUGGAGAAUACCUUUACGUGCCCGACGUGAGCUCUCUGCGCAAGUGUGGUUACGCUCCUGGUCAUGCGAGCCUUCUCGGAUGGUUCGAGCCGAAGCUGCCGAAGGCAGGGGAGAGCCGCGAGGUCGAUCUUUGUCCCCGUACCCAACUUCGCCGCGUCGUAGAGGAUGCUCGUGCAGCCGGAAUAGAGUUCCUGGUCGGCAUUGAAACCGAGUUCAUACUUCUGCGCUCAACAGAUCCCAUUGAAGCGGUCAACGACUAUCCUUGGUCCACUACUGCGGCUUUCCCAUCGGGUACGAAGGAAGCGCAAUGCAUGGAGGAGAUCGCAGACGCAUUGAUAGCAUCGGGCAUCGAGUUACUCAUGAUCCAUGCUGAGGCGGCGCCGGGACAGUACGAGUGUGUUGCUGGACCGCUUCCCCCGCUCGAGGCCGCAGAUGCUGUCAUCCUUACCCGCGAGACCAUCUACAACACCGCCGCCAAGUAUGGUCUCCGCGCGACGCUAGCACCGAGACUAUACGCGGAUAACUGCGGUAGCUCUGCCCAUGCACACAUUUCUGUACACCGCACCUCGGUCGCGACGAAGCCGCCUAAGCAGAGCCCUGAUACGAACAAAUCGACGACCAUGGCUUCUCACGAGCGCUCCUUCCUGCAGUCCCUUCUUGACAACAUCACCGAUAUCGCAGCGAUCACUCUUCCGACGCAGGCGUCCUACGCGCGUGUUCUCGACGGCAUCUGGUCUGGCGGAACGUUCGCAGCGUGGGGAACAGAGAACCGCGAGACCCUCGUGCGUCUGACGGGUCCGCCGGGCGCGCAUCAUUUCGAAGUUCGCAGUCACGACGGUACAGCGAACCCGUAUCUCGCUCUCGCGGCGUUUCUCGGCACCGGCCUCAAAGGUAUCAAGGAGGGGGUCGAGCUACGUAUCGGCGAAUGCUUAGAUCAAGCCGUCGCGCUCAGCGAGGAAGAACGAUUGGCCCGGAACAUCACUGGACGGAUGCCAAAGUCUCUGAAAGAGGCCAGAGAGAAGAUGAGCGGCAGCGCGACUAUCGAAGAAGUAUUCGGCAAGACAUUUGUGGAGAAGUACUUGUCCGUGAACGAGACUAUGGAGAACUUCCUGUCGACUGGAACUCCUGAGGGCGAUGCGAAGAAGAUUGUCUCGACGUUCUAA